AUGAUAUCUAAUAGGUGUGAUUCCAGAGGAGCACUGAAACUGAGGGAGUCUUCUACUGUAAUGCAGCCUAAUUCAAGUGAGCGGGGCGCUCAUGCAGGAAAUGGUUUAUCCCUGAGUCUGCAACCGGAGCUUCUCACCAGGACGCCGGCGCCUGGCGAUGCUGCUGCUGCCGCCGCCGCCAACCAUGAGAACAACGAGGUGCGGGUACCGAUGAGCAGCGGAGGUGGGGAUUCCAGCGGAGGCGCCUCAUCCAGGAGGUGCAGAAUCAACUCCCACAGCCACUCCCAUUCUCAGUCACACGCACACACCCGGGCGCAGCACCACUCCAACUCGGAGCCCGAGCUCGACCCGCCCGACUCUGAUCUGGACUCCGGAGAACCCAGCACGUCCCUGUCUGAGCUGCGCUGUCUCUUCCGCUGGCUCCAAAAGAGCCUCCCUUUCCUCAUCAUACUGUGCGCUAAACUGGUCAUCCAACACGCUCUUGGUCUAGCAGUUGGCGUUGGCCUCUUCACGACUUUUCUAUAUGUGAAUAAAAGCAUUCAAACUCAAGUCUUUCUUCAGGAUCGUCACUCAAAGCUGCAGUGUGCGUGGCUGCUACUGUUCCUGACGUCUUCCACCCUCCUGCUUUACUACACCUUUCUCACUGAGACACUUUACUACUGCCUCAUCUUCCUCAGCCCAGCCAUCGAGCCGCUGGGCGUCUGGGAGGUUCUAUGGGCAGUCGGCAUCACCAACUUCAUUAUAAAGUUCCUCUACAUGGGGGUCAAGUGCCUUUUUCUGCUGCUGCCAUCUUCACUGCUGACUUAUAGAACCCAGGGACGGUGGCUGAUGCUGACUGAGGAGCUGGGUCAGGUCCACCAGGCCAUGGCUCCUGUUUCACUGUGGUUCCGCUACCUGGUCACCUACCAGGAGUCUGACGGCACCCCUGGACUUACGUUCGGGGUCCUGCUGGCUUUGCUCUACCUCAUACUGAAGCUUUUAGGAUUGUACGUACAGUGGACAUCUUUUAUGAAAACUGUGAGGAUAUUUCUGAAGGGCGAGCAUACCGGCUCAGCAGCCACUAGGAGUCAGUGCAGUGAGGCUGGAGAUGUCUGCCCCAUCUGUCAGGGAGAGUACAGGGAGCCUCGGGCUCUACUCUGUCAGCACAUAUUCUGUGACGAAUGCAUCGCGCAGUGGUUUAACCGGGAGAAGAGCUGCCCUCUCUGCCGCACCGUGAUCACAGAGAAGGUCUACAAGUGGAGGGAUGGAGCUACGUCUCCACACCUGCAGAUUUAUUGAUUAAGAAGAGGCACAGGUGGUGGGGUGGGGGGGAAGCUUUUGGGUUUGGGACAUUGGUAUUAUCUUGUAUUUAUGUGAUUUUUUUGUUUCUGGGUUAUUUACCUUGUGACUCUCAAAGUUGAUUAUUUUCACGGCCCCCCAAAAGUGUUUUGUUGAUUUUUUUCUAUUUUAAGUUGUUUCCUCUUGUGUUGUGUUGCUUUUAUUCACCUUUAAUCUUUAAUAUUAAUUUUCCUCAUGUGGGGCAGCCGAUUGGUCGACUUCCAAUGUUUCCUCUACUUGUAAAUAUGGGAACAUCAGAGAUGUCUGUAUAAGAAAAAAAAGAAAAGAAAAGAAGUAUUUUAAACAGAUUUUCACUCUAUCAUACGUUUGAACAAACAUGCAGCACAUGAACCCUUUUUCUUAUCCAGUGUUUCUUAAUGUGUGGAGGUGACACUUCCGAUUUGUAACGAUACACGUGUAGAGGUGCGGAGAUUAAUGCCUCUGCUCAGGGGUGCUUGCUGAAUUCUGCUUUAGAUGCAUGUUUGAGCUCGAAUGAGCGGAAAUAAAUGUGAGAUUGGAGGACUGACAACUAUAGCAUACUGCAAAGGCUUUUAGGAAGCCCAGUGCACAGUUAACGACCGGAUCUUUGCCAGCCUGCAUCCAGGCACUGAAGACGGGACGCGGCAGGCUAGAAAGAAUCCGGUCAUGUGAUGAACGGACAGUUUCGCCUUUUGCUUUCAGCUUUUGGUGACUGUUUGUUUUGUUUUUUCCACAACUGAGCUUCUGAGAUUGAUUUACACGUAAAUUAUUUUUCUAUAGAGGUGACACAACCUCGUUUUUUUGUAAAAAACCAAAGACUGGGAGAAACAUCUAUUUUAUUAUGUACGAAAAUCAUUUCACUGUGUUGUUUUUAUUCCAUUUAAGAUCCAGAUCCGAUCUGAAUAAAGAUCUACAAUUUAA